GAACUUGACCGCACACCAUUCGAUUUCGGUUCUCGACCGAUGAUAAGGCCAACGAACGGUAGAUUUGUUCAGUUUUGAAUUAGAACUGAUUGCAGAUGGUUUGGAAGCGUCCAGCAGAGGUUCCCUAUCCCAAGGUUUGGCACAGGUUCCAAGCCAAGGGUUUACAGGAGGAUGGCCAGUUGGAGUGGUAUACGGUGCAGGAUCUUCCGGAGGAUCGUUUCGAGGAUGCCAUCCGGCACAUGAGCGAGCACUUUGCGCGCGAUGAGCAACUGAACAAAGCUAAGGGACUUGAUCAGGAUGUGAUUGGCAUGGAAGAGGUGGUACAACUGUGGAAAAUCAUGCUUCCUGAACGAUUGUCUUUGGUUUGCUUCCGAGAGGGGUCGGAUGCAAUCGUGGGAGUCAACAUACUAGGAGUGGCUUCCAAAUACGAUAAGGACGAACUCAAGCUCAAAAGCGAUAUCUUCCGAACAAUCAUCGCUACGAUUGAGUACAUCUCCCACCAGGCCAACGUGUUCGAACGUUACGGAGUGGAUCAGUACCUGAACGCGAUGGGCCUGUCGGUGGACCCAGUCUAUCGGGGGCGUGGCAUUGCAACCGAACUGCUUCGAGCAAGAGUUCCCCUUUGUAAGGGAAUGGGUUUGAAGUUGACCUCGACAUGUUUCACGGGGCCCGGAUCACAGGCUGCUGCCCGGAAGGCUGGGUUCGAAGAAAAUUUCAACAUCACCUACGCAGAACUGGCAAAAGUUGAUCCUCGCUUUGUGUACCCUGGACUUGAUGAGAAGAGCUGUAAAUAUAUGAGUUUGAAGAUUGAUUAACACACGAAAGGGGUCGUCCAUGAA